GCCGCACGUCCGCUUAGCGUCUGGCGGCGGCGCAGCCAAUCAACAGCCGCGCUGAGGGGCGAUCGGAAGCGCUCGGCCGCGGUCCGAGCGAAGCGGGUCGAGGCCGGCGGGGAUGGUUGGCCGGGAGAAGGAGCUGAAGAUCCGCUUCGUGCCGGGGCGCUGCGAGCUGGUGGAGGAGGAUGUUGACAUUCCCAAUAGGCGUGUUCUGAUUACGGGUGCUACUGGACUUCUCGGCAGAGCUGUGUAUAAAGAGUUUAAUGAAAACAGCUGGCAUGCAGUUGGUUGUGGAUACAGAAGAGCUCGGCCCAAGUUUGAACAGGUUAAUCUUCUGGACUCUGAUGCAGUUCAUGUCAUCAUCCAGGAUUUUCAGCCUCAUGUGAUAGUGCAUUGUGCUGCUGAGAGAAGGCCAGAUGUUGUAGAAAGUCAACCAGAUGCUGCUUCUCAGAUCAAUGUGUCUGCUGCAGGGAACUUGGCGAAAGAAGCAGUUGGAGUUGGAGCCUUUCUGAUCUAUAUUAGCACAGACUAUGUGUUUGAUGGAACAAAUCCACCUUAUAAAGAGAAUGAUGUUCCAAAUCCCCUGAAUCUAUAUGGUAAAACUAAAUUAGAGGGAGAAAAGGCAGUCCUAGAAAAUAAUGAAGGUGCUGCGGUGCUUAGAAUUCCUAUUUUAUACGGAGAGGUAGAGAGGCUGGAUGAGAGUGCCGUGACUAUUAUAUUUGAUAAAGUGCAGUAUAGUAAUAAAUCGGCCAAUAUGGACCAUUGGCAACAGAGAUUUCCCACUAACGUCAAGGAUGUAGCCAGUGUUUGCCGACAGCUAGCAGAGAAGAGAAUGCUGGAUCCUUCAGUAAAAGGAACAUUCCACUGGUCUGGUAAUGAACAGAUGACCAAGUAUGAAAUGGCAUGUGCUAUUGCAGAUGCUUUCAAUCUUCCUAGCAGUCACUUGAGACCAAUUACUGAUAGCCCUGUAGUGGGAGCUCUUCGUCCAAGAAAUGCUCGGCUCGACUGUUCCAGGCUAGAGAUGCUGGGCAUAGGUCAAAGGACGCCAUUUCGAGUUGGGAUCAAAGAAUCACUUUGGCCUUUUCUGGUUGACAAGAGAUGGAGACAGACAGUCUUCCAUUAGUUUGUACCUUUUUUAGUACAAGUCUGGUAUGUGGCACUUUUUUAAAAAGGAAAAUUUAAAGAAUAGUUUUGUAUGAGUGUUCUUAAAAAUUGUGACAUUUAUGAGAUUUCAUUUAAUCAGGUAAAAAAAAAAAUAUGGUCUUGCACUAGUGGAAUUGUUAGCCUAUAAUAGCUCUGGCAAAAGAUGAACCUUGUUUUAAAGAAAUUAGUCUUUUCCUCUCUGUCGUGCUAGUCUAACCUAAUAUCUGAUGCUAAACAUGGUCAUCAGUAACAUUUGGAACCAAGAAUAAAACAGAUCAGUUGUAAGUUUCCUUUUUGCUGAAAUACACUGACCCUAGGGUUCACACCAUUGGGGGGGCGGGGUGUACGUACGUACAGCAUCCCCAUUGAAGGCUAUAGUCAGCAUCUUUAUUGUCAAAAAAGACUCAGUAUUUUAAUUUUAAAAUUGUUAUUCUAAUGUGAGUUAAAAUGAAGUGAGAAUCAUUCAAGUUUUAAUGUUUGCUUUGCUUCAGCUUUGAUCAAAAUGUUUAAAAAAAGUGAAACUUUAUUUUUGCAGUUACUUAGUGCAAUUUUUAUGCUUGAGAUUUAUAUUUUCACAAUGUUUCAGGCUUUGGGACUCCUGCCGCUACAUAUAUUUGUACAAAACAUUGUCUGCAUUUGUCAUUUUAAAGAUAAUCUGUGAAGGGGAGGGGAUUGAGUUGUGCCCUCCUUUGCUUUCUAUUGUGUAAAGGCUCAAAGUGUGUUCAUUUUUCCUGCUUCAUUCUCUUACUGUGUUUGUAAUGUUGAAAUUUAAAAUCCUGUCUAGGCUGGAAGACUUAUAGGAGAAUUGUUGAAAGGAGGUCAUUAUAAGUCAAAGUGAAAUAGCAAAUGAGAGGGGAAGGUAUUUCAAGAAGUUUGUCUACAGCUCUGUGGCUUGACUUGUUUAAACACCCGAUACAAGUACAUCACACUGGUGUAAUAACUACAUUAAAAAGGUUUGCAUAAGUCCUGAAAAGUAAACAAGUCCAGACUUUGUAUGACUUCAGCAUCCAGAAAACAAGUUGGAGAGGGAACUUCCAUACCUAAAGAUUUGAAACUGUUGGAGCUCUUGGGGGGAAAAAUAUUUGGAAAUCAGCUGCAGCUUCUUCAGAGAGAGCCUGGAAAACUACUUUAGAUAGUUUUGACAAUUCUGAGGUAAAAUCAAGUAGAAAAACUGGAAUACAUUCAGCCUUUAGGAAUCAGAAAAAUGAGCUGAAGUCGACUAUUUUAACGGUCAGCUUUAAAUUGUAUCCCUUUAAUUCAAAGUGGUGUGUCAUAAGAAUUUGUCAUAACCUUGUUUGGUAUCUGAAAUCCUGAUUUAUGCACACAGUAAAUUAUCUCCAAAGUAUAAUAAAUAUAAAGCUGGAACUGG